AUGUCGAAUAUACCCCUAGUCCACCUUGGUCACCAUCCACUGUCGUCGGUUGCCGUUGCCCACCGCCGUCGGCCCUGCCUGCCAGUCGUCGUCGCCGACCACCGUCGGCCGCCGUCGACCACCGCCGGCCGUCGUCGACCACCGCCGGCCGUCGUCGACCGCCGGCCGACGAUGACCACCGCCGGUCGCCGACCACCGCCGCCCACCACCGCAGGCGACCACCGCCCGUCGCCGCCACCAGUGACCACCGUCCGCUGCCGCCACCGGCGACAACCGUCGGUCGUCGCCCGCCCACCGACCACCGCCGCUGUCGACGAUCGUCGCCAACGACCGCCGGCGAUAGUAGCCGCUGGCGAUCAUCGCCGUCGCCGGUUGUCGGUGGCGGGUGCCGGCGGAGGAGGCCAACGGCGACGACCGUUGGUUGCCGCAAACUCCGGUAGAAGUAUGGCGGCCAUCGGUAGAGAUGAAGAGUUAAAAAAGCUAAGGAGUUUGGGCGGCGCUCCCUCCCAGGGUCCUUCAUACGCCGAGCUGCAGAAGGAGCUCAAGAAGACCCAAGAUCUAUUGUCGGCUGAGCAAAAGAAGACGGCUGAUCAGGCCUACACUCUGGGAGAACUUGAAAGACAUGUGAAGACGCUCGAUCGGAAGAUAAGUCUUGCCACCGAUCGGAAGAAAACAGCCAUCGUUGACCUAGAGAAGAAGAACGUCGAGGCGUGGGGCCUGGAGCAACGGGUUAAGGAGCUGAUGGAUCAGCUGGCCGGCGAGAAGGUGGCCCGAUCGGAUGAGGUGGCGAAGCUUGAGGCUACCUUGCAAGAACACCAGGCAACCGCCGACGCCUCCCGAGCGGCCCUUAAAGAAUACCAGGAUGCUGAGCCAGGCCGGGUCGCCGCCAUGAGGCUAAAUUACAUCCGUUCGCUUGCCAUCACCACCACGACGGAUUAUCUGAAGUCCAAGGGUCAGCUCCCUGACUCCGCCAACAUCCCGACCCAAGACUAUGCAGCGCUCCUUAGCAACAUCCCUAGGGACCUUUAUGAUUUUCUGGAAUAG